UUAAUAAGUAAGUCCAGAGGUCUUUGAUUCGGGAUAUUACGGAGGAAGAAUCGUGAAUAUCAGUUCAGUGGAAAACUUCGAUAUGAAGAUGUCGGAUAAAACGAUAGCCAGAAAAGAUCAAGGACUUGACAAUGCAAGUGGAAAGGGAAAUAAUUUUGAAGCGGCAGUAGCUGCUUGUGGCUAUGGGAAAUUCCACUACCUUUUAUACAUUGUGAUUCUUCCUGCGACUUGGGCAUCCAUUUUUGAUACUUCAAACACUUCAAUGAUAUUGCCGUCUGUCGAGUGUGAUUUGGAAUUGACACCCUUUUUCAAAGGAGUUCUGAAUGCUGCAGUUUAUUUAGGAAUGGUCUCCAGUGCCUUCUUCUGGGGAUUUUUAGGUGAUGUUUUAGGUAGAAAAAAAAUUUUGGUUUAUGGCUUAUUAAUGGACGGUGUUCUUAACAUUCUUACUGGAUUAUCACAAAGUUUUUGGCAAGUUGCCUUCUUCAAAUUCAUUUCUGGCUUUAUAAUAAGUGGGCCCUUUGCUAGUAUUGUGACUUACUGUUCUGAAUUCCAUUCAAUGAAGGACAGACCAAGACUUGUUCUCUUGAUUGGGAUGUUUAGUAAUUCAGGAGCUAUCGUCAACGCAGCUUUGGCCUGGUUAGUGAUUCCGCACACUUGGUCCUGGAUUGUUUUUGAUGGAUAUUUCAUCUAUAACUCCUGGCGAUUGUAUUUAUCCUUUUGUGGUUUACCAAUGUUAAUUGGAGCCAUGUUUCUUUCCUUUUUUCCGGAAAGUCCAAAAUUCCUUAUGAGCCAAGGUCGUAACGAGGAAGCGCUUCAGGUCUUCAGAAAGGUGUAUUCGAUGAAUACGGGUCAUCCACCAGGGAGUUAUCCGAUACACUUGCUGGAGUUCGAGCUGCAGGAUAUUUCAAAUUCCAAUGAGAUGAAGGAGCUAUCGUGUAUGAGGCCUGCCAAUGUUCAGCCAAUUGGGACUGGAAAAAGCAGCUUGAAAACCACUUUUCUGGGAGGAAUGCAACAAAUGAAACCUCUUUUUCUUUCUCCCCUGUCCAGUCGAUUGCUGCUCGUACUUUCUUUGAAUUUUGGAAUAUUACUGACAUUAAAUACCAUCCGCUUGUGGCAACCACAGCUUUUUGCAAUCUUAGCACAUUUUGAGAACUUGGAAGUCGAAGAAGUAGAAGGUUUAACUUUUUGCCAAAUUCUAGACCAUUCACGGCCAAUUAUUGCCAACAACACUGUCAGAAAUUCGCAAGUACUUCCAGAACAUUGCAAAGAAAUUCCAGUUGAUACUUCAGUGUACUAUUUUACUAUGAUUGUCUAUAGUGUAACUACUAGUUCUACUUUUUUAGCCGCUGUGAUACUGAACACCAUUCGUAACAAAACACUUCUACCAAUUACUCUUUUUAUCGCAUUUUCCUCGAUCGUUGCCAUCAACUGGUCUCCUAGCACUUUAGUCACUCUUAUCAUCACUUGCAUUUAUUGUGGAGUGCUAAGUGCAAGUGUAAAUCUAAAUAUCAGUAUCACGGUGGAUUUAUUUCCUACUACAUUGAGAACAAUGGCUGUGAGUUUAAUCAUGAUGACGGGCCGCAUAGGUGCUGUCUUGGGGAACAUUAUGUUUCCUGUUUUGCUAGAGUAUGGCUGCUUCGUCCCUAUCAUCGCAUUGGCUUCUUUCAUUUUACUUUGCAUCGUGCUGACCUUCUUCAUCCCGAAGCCCAAUAAGAACUUAAAGUAACGAGCCACAACGAAUUACACAAGUUAUUUUUACGUCCCUUUAUCUUAUUCUACAAGUGGAUCCAUCUGGUAACAUCGACAUAGUUAUGUUACCGACUUCGUAGAUCGCAAUUACUACCCACACAAAUAAAUAAGCCUUUUCUUUACUGUUUAUUGGUUUCUGCAAAUCGGGAAUGCAGGAAGAUCAGGCAAGAGGAAGCAGCUUGAUUUCGAUUUCAAUAGAAGUUCCAAGUUAUUCUGGUUGCAAUCAUCUGUGUUAAUUAGCUUAAGGGCAUGUGGUACUUAGAAAAUUGUCGAUUUUACCAGUUUUAGGUUCCGACGGCUUCUUUUCUUUAAUAAUCAAUAUUUUGUCUUAAAAAUUUGGGACACGAUAGCGACCAUGUUAACGGACGUGCCCACAUACUUUUUUUUUGGUUUAAUUCAAAAAAGUUUUAAUUUAGCAAAAUCUGAUUAAUUUGCAUAGCGCUUAGGAAUUAGUAUCGAUU